GUCUCUCUCUGUAUUUGUUGCUGGCAACAAUGUCUUCUUCUCCUCCACCUCCACUCUCUCUCUCUACUUCACCACUUUCUCUCUCCUCAAAAUCCCUUAAACCCUUUCCCCCAAUUUUCUCUCUCUAAAACACAUCCAAAUUGCUACAAAUGCUCACAAUUCCCAUGCUCUAACACAGCCCAAACCCAAUCAAAACAUGUUCUUCCAAUUCCUUCUCUUCUCUCUCCUCUCACUCUCGACCCAUUUCAGGGUUUUUGCCUCCGACCCAUUCUCUAUCUACGAAGUCCUUCGAUCCCAUGGACUACCCAUGGGUCUUCUCCCGAAGGGUGUGACGGACUUUCACUUGGACGACACUGGAAAGUUCGAGGUGUAUUUGGAUCAAGCUUGCAAUACCAAGUUCGAGAAUGAGCUACACUACGAUCGAAACGUUUCGGGUACUCUCACAUACGGGCAGAUUGCCGGGUUGUCGGGUAUUUCUGCCCAAGAUUUGUUUCUCUGGUUCCCGGUCAAGGGUAUUCGGGUCGAUGUGCCGAGCUCGGGCUUGAUUUACUUCGAUGUGGGUGUGGUUUUUAAGCAGUUUUCUCUGUCAAUGUUCGAGACGCCGAGGGAUUGUAUGGCUGCUCAGUUGCAGGGUCUUGGAGAUGGAAGGGUCAUUGUGGACACUGUGUCUAAGAGCCUAUCGGGGAAGCUUCGAUACCAUCUUGAUCAGGAAGAUUUUGUUAAUGGUGUUUGGUAGAUUGUGCAAAAAGAAGAUGAUUCGAGUUGCGCCAUAGCUGAAUCAAUUCAUGGAUUUUCCUUCCGCCAUAUGUACAUAUCUCCGGAGAGUCUGGUUUAACAGGUCCUAUCUUCAUUCAUGUGUGCUUGCUUGCUUGCGGUUUUGUAUAAUGCAGUCUCUACCAACAAUCAUGCCAGCUCCUGUCUAUGCAAUAAUGGGUGGUAAAUUGGGUUGAGGGGACAGAUUAUUAGGAGACAAUAUGAAAUUCAUUGGGUCUUAUACACAGAAAAUAGAAUGAGACAGGAGCAAGGUGAUUUCAGGUGAUAAGUCUGUGUAGAUUUGUUUUUUAUUUUUAUUUUUUUAUGUUGAAUUCGUUAGGAACUAUGAACAUAACCAUGGUUGCUGGAUCGAGUUUCUCUUUGUAGUAUAAUUCUUAGUUGAUGAGAUACACAUCUGUGAUAGAAGAAUAAGAAAUAGAAUGGCUUUCAUUUAUUAUUUUUUGUAUAACUGUAAUGUGAUUUUGUUGAAAUAAUUUUUGCUCUCUUUCUUAA